GCGCGCUCCCUCGCCACUACUGCAUCCCUGAACCGGCAGGGCGAAGCUACUGCGGUUUCCCUUAACCUCAGCAUCGUGAGGAGCAAGCAGAGCCAUUGUGCAACAGGGAGAGCCCGGUGCCCGCGCUGCCGCCUCCGGUACAUAACCCAGCAGGUCGCUCACCCUAGCGGCUGGAAUGCGUGCUGACUUCUCUGCCAACCUCUAAGACCGAGACCGUGAGGAACGCAGCUGGAGAAUGCCGUCUGAACGUUGCCUCAGUAUUCAAGAAAUGCUGACAGGCCAGAGGCUUUGCCACUCUGAAUCUCACAAUGAUAGCGUCCUGGCAGCGCUGAAUCAGCAAAGAAGUGACGGCAUCCUCUGCGACGUCACCCUGAUCGCAGAGGAACAGAAAUUCCAUGCUCACAAGGCAGUCCUAGCAGCAUGCAGUGACUAUUUUCGGGCAAUGUUCAGCCUUUGUAUGGUGGAAAGUGGAGCUGAUGAAGUGAAUUUGCAUGGUGUGACCAGCCUUGGCUUGAAGCAGGCUCUGGAGUUUGCAUACACAGGACAGAUUUUGUUGGAACCAGGUGUGAUCCAGGAUGUGUUGGCAGCUGGAAGUCACCUGCAACUGUUGGAACUUCUCAAUUUAUGUUCCCACUAUCUCAUCCAGGAAUUAAAUAGCUUUAAUUACUUGGAUCUGUACAGACUCGCUGACCUCUUUAACCUCACUUUGCUGGAGAAGGCAGUGAUCGAUUUCUUGGUGAAACACCUCUCGGAACUCCUGAAGAGCCGACCAGAAGACGUCCUAAUGCUGCCCUACUGCCUGCUGCAGGAGGUCCUGAAGAGUGACCGCCUGACCUCGCUGAGUGAAGAGCAGAUCUGGCAGCUAGCUGUGAGGUGGUUGGAACACAACUGCCAUUACCAGUACCUGGAUGAGCUCCUGCAGUACAUCCGCUUUGGCCUCAUGGAUGUGGAUACUCUCCAUACAGUGGCCCUGUCCCACCCCCUCGUCCAAGCAAGCGAGACGGCCACAGCUCUUGUCAACGAGGCCCUGGAAUACCACCAGAGCAUCUACGCACAGCCUGUCUGGCAGACUCGCAGGACCAAACCGCGGUUCCAGUCCGACACUCUGUAUAUCAUCGGUGGGAAAAAGCGUGAGGUGUGUAAAGUCAAGGAGCUCCGGUACUUCAAUCCUGUAGAUCAGGAGAAUGCUCUCAUCGCCGCUAUUGCCAACUGGAGUGAGCUGGCUCCCAUGCCUGUGGGAAGAAGCCACCACUGUGUGGCAGUCAUGGGAGACUUCCUGUUUGUAGCUGGAGGGGAAGUUGAGCAUGCCAGCGGCCGGACAUGUGCUGUGAGGACUGCCUGUCGCUUUGACCCCCGCAGUAAUUCCUGGGCAGAGAUAGCACCCAUGAAGAACUGCCGGGAGCAUUUUGUGCUGGGUGCCAUGGAUGAAUACCUCUAUGCGGUUGGAGGCAGAAAUGAACUGCGCCAGGUUCUGCCUACAGUAGAGAGAUACUGCCCCAAGAAGAACAAAUGGACUUUUGUGCAGUCCUUUGACCGAUCCCUUUCAUGUCAUGCUGGAUAUGUGGCUGAUGGUCUCCUUUGGAUAUCAGGUGGAGUAACUAACACGGCACAAUAUCAAAACAGACUAAUGGUAUAUGAACCUAACCAGAAUAAGUGGAUAAGCCGCAGCCCCAUGCUACAACGAAGGGUCUACCAUUCGAUGGCUGCUGUCCAAAGGAAGCUUUAUGUUCUUGGAGGCAAUGACCUAGACUACAAUAAUGAUCGGAUUCUUGUGCGCCAUAUAGAUUCUUACAACAUAGACACUGACCAAUGGACGCGUUGUAAUUUCAACCUGUUGACUGGUCAAAAUGAAUCUGGAGUUGCUGUCCAUAAUGGGAGAAUAUAUUUAGUUGGUGGAUAUUCAAUUUGGACAAAUGAGCCUCUGGCUUGUAUCCAGGUAUUGGAUGUAAGUAGAGAAGGCAAAGAAGAAGUAUUCUAUGGGCCUACACUCCCUUUUGCUUCCAAUGGAAUAGCAGCAUGCUUCCUUCCAGCUCCGUAUUUCACAUGCCCUAACCUUCAGACUCUUCAAGUGCCUCAUCACAGAAUUGGCACCAUCUGAAAAGCCAGUGCUCAGUUAAUAACCAUCAUGAACAAAACAUGAGGAAAACAAAGGCUGACUUUCGGAUACUGGGCAUGAAAAGACUCAGUGCUCAACGCUUCCUUGUCUUGUUUCAUAGGUCUCUGUUCAGAUAAAUAUUAGCAAAAAAUGAACAGUUUUCUAAAAUACAUUAUUGAGAAUUCUUGUCACCCUUCUCAUCAUGUCAACAUACAAUAUAUAUGACUUUUAUUGUCAUGUAGCUUAGUGCCAACUUAACAAAACAUUGUUGUUUCAUGGGUCUUUAAAGCAUUCUUUGUGACUUUUUCUAAUCAGUGCUGUCCAAGACAUGACGCUAUUAGGCAAUUUAUUUUACACAAUGGCAUCCAUGAUCUUUAAAAGAAAACUUCUGUACUUCACUAUUUAAAUGUGGACUUCUAAUUUGUCUUUUACAAUUUAACAUUAUGCAGCCUGCUCAGUUGAGACUCAACAUUAUUACACCAUAAAUUUUUAAGUGCCAUAUUUUAUUCAAGGUGAUACGAAAAAUAGAAAUACAAUGUAAUAGCAGUUGGAAUACCCAGAUUUUACACUUGGGUUACUCUGACCUAAGGUCAGAACCUUAACUUUACAGUACUUCAGAUUUCCCACUUUUUAAGGAGAGAAAUUAUUGAUUUCCAUAUUAAUUCACAUGAAAAUUAGAUAACUACUUUUAAGUUCUUCACCUAAGAGAAAAGGUUACUCAAAUCACAAGGUAUCUUACUGUCUUAACAGCUUUGUACAUGAACCAGCAGAUUAUUUUUGAAGUUUAAAGAUUACUAGGUAGAACUUGGACAGCAAGCUAUGGGAUAAAUGAUUCUGAAGACUGCUGAAAGAGACAGACUAAUUAGUAAAAAGGGAGUUUACCAACACCAAAGAUAUCUAACCUUGCACAAAUCCUUUCCUCAAAUAAUAACUCUCUUAAAUGUCUCAUUUAAAAUCAUUUAAUGAAAAAAAAUGACCUUUUACAGCAUAAAAACCUUAGUUGUACUAAUUAAGGUACCAUAAAGUGCUUUGACAUAAGUUUGAACCUAGAAUUGGCAGGUCUAAUAAAAGUUUUUCCUCUUUGUUAAAGGUUAUGUCAAU